CGUUGUUGUUCGUAUGCUGUUCGUUGAAAUCCGCAAGAACCCUCUCUCAUUCUCUCUCAUUCCCAACGAUAAGCACAAGGAGACGGCUUUAAAUUUUCGAUUUUGAACAUCUGACACAUGAAAACGCAGGAGUUGCGUAUAAAAUUUGAUAAUUCGUUGCAGCAUUUCAAUUUCUGAAGCACAAAUGUCCACGACGCAUAUGAAAACGGAUUUCGACAAUGUAUCAGAUGUAUUAUAAGGCAGAGGAAAAUGCGGAUGCAUAUAAAGUUUGAUUAUUCGUUGCUGUAUUUCGGUUUCUGAGGCGCAAAAUGUCUACGACGCAGAAGAAAACAGAUUGCAACAAUGUAUCAGGAUCUUCCCUCUAUGACCUCUUAUGUUUAGAAAAUAGAGAAAAGUGGAGCUGCUUGUUUGGACAAACUCGUUAUGACAGUGCGAAACAAAAGCUGGCAGAAUUUAUCUCUGAAUCGGGUAAUAUGUGCUGUGCAGAUUGUGGAACUCCAGAUCCAAAAUGGGUAUCUGUAAGUUUUGGAGCAUUUAUAUGCAUCAAGUGUUCAGGAGCACAUAGAAGCCUUGGGGUUCAUAUAUCAAAAGUGUUAUCAGUGAAUCUAGACGAGUGGACACAUGAAGAAGUCAAUGACGUAAUAAAAAGUGGUGGGAAUUCAAUGGUGAAUUCCAAAUAUGAAGCUUGCAUUCCCGACAACUGUAAAAAACCAAAAUCAGAUUCUUGUAUAGAGGAGCGCCUCGACUUCAUCAGGAGAAAAUAUGAGGUGCAACAAUUUUUGAACUCGGAUAAACAAAUAUGCGAUCGUGCAUCUCCAUGUCCAUCAUCAUCAUCCAUGGAGUCUGCUUCCACAAAUACCGGUGGUGCUACUGCUACUGCUACAAUGGACAAGAAGCACUCAAACAGUGUCCUUAUGCCAAGCAUCAGCCAUGCAUUUCGCAACAGCUGGAAAAAGAAAGAUAAUGAACACAAGCCACCUCCUAAGACAAGCAACUCAAUGGCAGGUAUGAUUGAAUUUAUUGGAUUGAUAAAAGUCAACGUGGUCAAAGGCACCAAUCUAGCUGUUCGGGAUAUGAUGACUAGUGAUCCUUAUGUCAUCCUCUCACUAGGAAACCAAUCUGUGAAGACACGGGUUAUAAAGAGCAGCCUUAAUCCUGUAUGGAAUGAAAAACUAAUGUUAUCAAUCCCGAGCAACAUGCCUCCUUUGAGAUUAACUGUGUAUGAUCGGGACACAUUGAAGGCGGAUGAUUUCAUGGGUGAUGCUGAGAUUGAUAUUCAACCAUUGGUGUCAGCUGCAAAAGCAUCUGAGAAUUCAGAUGUUAACGACUCAUCAACUCAAGGAAAGUGGGUAGCAAGUUUGGAGAACACGAUUGUGAAAGAUGGUGUGAUCACACUUGCGAAAGGCACUGUGAAGCAAGAGAUUGCUCUUAAGCUUCAAAAUGUUGAGAAGGGUAUAUUACAAAUCGAGCUCGAAUGUGUCCCUCUUACCCCAAUAGUAUUUUUCGGUGAUUUAUGUUAUAUUUAGGUGAUGUGUUUUUGUUGUUUUAUGUAAGCUGUGCUUUUGAAUAUUUGUAUAUUGAUGAUGAU